AGGCUCAACAUGAGGUGAGCAAAGGAACGGAGCCUCCAAGCUGCAGCUCAAGUCCACAUAGGACCAGAGAAGGUGAUGGAGACCACUGUGGGGGAUCACGAGCAGCUCCACCAUCAGAUAGUGAUGACGUGUUGUCACAUGUUCCUGCUGCUGAUGAUGAUGACUCUCAAAACAAACACAGGCAAUGUUCUCACUGUGGAAUUUUUUUUGCUCGUAGCAGUAGUUUGAAACAACACAUGAGAAUGCACACAAGAAAGAAAAACUUUUCCUGUUCAGAUUGUGGCCAAAAGUUCUCUCACAGGGCAAAUUUAAAUAUGCACACAAGAAUCCACACUGGCGAGAAACCUUUUUCAUGCUCAGUCUGUGGCCAAAAGUUCUCUCAGCGGGCAGGUUUAAAUGUGCACACAAGAAUCCACACUGGCGAGAAACCUUUCUCAUGCUCAGUUUGUGGCAAAAAAUUCCUCACGAGGGGGCUUUUAAAUAGGCACACAAGAAUCCACACUGGUGAGAAACCUUUUUCAUGCUCAGUUUGUGGCCAAACGUUCUCUCAGCGGGUUGGUUUAAAUGUGCACACAAGAAUCCACACUGGCGAGAAACCUUUUUCAUGCUCAGUUUGUGGGCAAAAGUUCUCUCACAGGAACAGUUUAAAUAUGCACACAAGAAUCCACACUGGCGAGAAACCUUUUUCAUGCUCAGUUUGUGGCCAAAAGUUCUCUCGGAUGGCAAGUUUAAAUGUGCACACAAGAAUCCACACUGGCGAGAAACCUUUUUCAUGCUCAGUUUGUGGCCAAAAGUUCUCUCAGUGGGGACAUUUAAAUUCGCACACAAGAAUCCACAAUGUUGAGAAAACUUUUACAUGCUCAGUUUGUGGGCAAAAGUUCUCUCGGAGGGGUUAUUUAACAAUGCACACAAGAAUCCACACUGGCGAGAAACCUUUUUCAUGCUCAGUUUGUGGCCAAAGAUUCCACACGGGGGGGCAUUUAAAUACGCACACAAGAAUCCACACUGGCGAGAAACCUUUUUCAUGCUCAGUUUGUGGCCAAAAAUUCUCUGUGAGGGUCACUUUAAAUUCCCACACAUUAACCCACACUGGUGAGAAACCUUUUUCAUGCUCAGUUUGUGGCCAAAAAUUCUCUCAGAGGGGAUCUUUAAAGAUGCACACAAGAAUCCACACUGGCGAGAAACCUUUUUCAUGCUCGGUUUGUGGCCAAAUGUUCUCUCGGAGGGGACAUUUAAAUUCGCACACAUUAACCCACACUGGCGAGAAACCUUUCUCAUGCUCAGUUUGUGGCCAAAAGUUCUCUCGGAGGGGACAUUUAAAUGUGCACACAAGAAUCCACACUGGUGAGAAACCUUUUUCAUGCUCAGUUUGUGGCCAAAAAUUCCACACGUGGGGGCAUUUAAAUAGGCACACAAGAACCCACACUGGCGAGCAACCUUUUUCAUGCUCAGUUUGUGGGCAAAAGUUCUCUCGGAAGGGAAGUUUAAACAGGCAUACAAGAAUCCACAUUGGCGAGAAACCUUUUUAAUGCUCAGUUCGGCCAAACAGUCUCUCAGGGUGAGCUUAAUCAGGCACACAGGAGCCCACACUGGAGAGAAACCUGUUGCCUGCUCAGUCAGUUGCCAAAGAGUCUCUAUUAAGAAUUCUGUGUGUUUUGGAGAGAUGAGCAAUGAUCCAUGAAGUUCUCACCUUCUAUUUGAGCAGACUUUAUGAGUUUAUGCAUCAGUGAUCGUUCUAUUCUAGUAUGCACCUUUUGAUUGAGAUGCUGAUCUCCUUUCCUUUACGACAGUGAGAAGUUCAAUUCAUUUUAGUUUUACCUAUGAAUUUGAAAAUAAAGUUAACCGGCCUCGGGAUGAUAAUAGUUUUGUAUUUUUCAUGAUACUUGAAGUUUAUUUUGUUUUUAGUUGUGUGUUCAAAUUUAGGGCAAGUUGCUUGGUUCUUAUUAGUGUUGGUUCAGGAUUUUGUUUUGUUCAGCUUUUCAUGUUCAUGCCUGGAAAGCGGACUUUAAACCGAUGAUGAUGAUGAU